AUGAAAAACCCCUGUUGGUAUGAUGAUGACAAUAACCGAAGAAAGAUUUGGAUGGAACGUAUCUGCAGUGAUGAUAAGUAUGUGGACACAAGGAGGCGUUGUAAGAUGUAUUCCGGCGACAGAAAAAAGAACACCACCCUCCGCUGCCUUCCAUACUUUCUGUUGAUUGGCCAACCCAAAAGCGGCAGUACCAGUCUGUAUAGCCGUAUUAUGCAACAUCCAGAUAUCAUAUCGGGCUUUUUAAAGGAACCGCAUUGGUGGGCAAGAUGUCGACACUGUCGCUAUCUCCAACUACCCUACUGCAACUCAACAUUGCUGCCGCAAUCGUUCACAGAAUAUGGGGACCAUUUUAGUUAUGUGGCAGAAACAUUACACAUUUCUAAUAAGUCAGAGAAGGAACGAAUCGUUACAGGAGAAGGUAGUCAGUCAACCUUAUGGGAUCACCAUUGGUGGUGGGAAUACCCGGGAAAUGAGAAUGACAAGGUGCCUAGGAUACUUAACGCCCACUUUAUACGUCAUAUACUACCGGAUGUGAAGUUAUUGGUCAUCCUUCGAAAUCCAGUCGAUCGGUUGUAUUCUGAUUAUCUUUUUUUCAACAAACAUCAACAAAAGUCGGUACAAAUGUUCAACGAUAAAGUUACUCAUGCAGUGCAUUCAGUUAAUAAUUGUUUGACAAAAAACAGCCUUCGUCACUGUGCUUAUUACAAAGACAUGUCAGUACACGUUCGGCUACAAAUUGGAUUAUAUGCGGUAUUCCUUAAAGACUGGAUGGACGUUUUCCCCCGGAAACAACUACUUGUCAUUUCUUUAGACAAUUUCUCCACGAACCAAUCAGUGGUCAUGUCAAAAAUUUUCAAGUUCUUAGGUUUACGUGACUUCGGUACCAGUGAAACCAAUAGUGAACAUCUUAAUCAAAGAAGUCGAUCAAACAAACGGAUAGGAGAUAUGCUCAACGAGACAAGACUGAUGUUGGAAAAGUUUUACAAACCAUUUAAUAAGGCACUCUCUUUGUUAAUGAACGAUACAAGCUUUCUAUGGAAAUAG